GUGCAGCCGAGCCGAACACUUUUCUCGCGGCUACAACAACACUCGCUCCUAAACUCUUGCUUUUCAUCGCUUUUCGGCAAUAACACUCGCUCGUCGCGUGUCCCUAUAAUUGACGACUGCGCCGGCGAAAGCGAAAGCAGCUUGGUGAAAAUGAAAAGACAGGUGCUCUUUUGGACACUUUUGGUGCUGUUGGCGGCACCGUCUCUUUCACGUCCGUUUGAGGAGGAUGAGUACGUGGACGAGGACGAGCCGAUGGACCCACCAUCACCCUACCACCGUCCGCAGAUGACAGCAAGCAUUGCGAAAAAAUCAUCACCAGAACCGGCAGUGCUGUCCUACCCCACAGCGCUGGAUGGAGCACAGGACGUUAAGCCGACCCAACCGUCGCUGAUUCAUCAGCCAAAGUUCAAGCUGGCCAGGCCGGUGUACGUAACGCCAUCGACCGACACAGUCACCGAAAAACCCUCUUUCACCCCGGAGGAGAUUCCACUGACCAAGACCGUGAGGACCACAAAUAAAUUUUCAGUGGUUGUUCCGAAGAAGGAGCAACAGCCUGCUCCUGCCGUCAGGCCGAUUGUGAAAAAGCCUGUCGCACGCCCUGCUAUCAAGGACAAGAAGAUCAGGCCGUCGCAGUCGGUGGUGAGCGCCAAGUAUGCACACCACCCGUCACACACGCACGCCACCUUCCCGCACUUCUUGCCGACGGUGCAGCCUACGUACCAGAUGAUCCCCGCCGCGCAGCAGGAGUACAACAUCGCCACCAUAGGCGCCGUCAGCGGGGGCUCCGUCGACGAAGACCACAACGAUGACCACCAUCCCUUCUCCGCGGGAUACGGACAUCAGGAAGAGCAUGGAGAUUCAGACGCCAAGUACGAGUUCAUGUACCGCGUGCAGGGUGACAACAAGUAUUACGGCAAAGAACAGGACGAUUCGCACGGCGAGCCGAGUGACUUUGGCCACUCGGAGGCGCGUGAGGGCGGCCGCACGUGGGGACGCUACUACGUGAAGCUGCCGGACGGCCGCGUGCAGACGGUGCGCUACUGGGCCGACCACACGGGCUACCACGCCGAGGUGCUGUUCCAGGGCGAGGCGCAGCACCCUGCUGCUGACGAGCCGCAGUACGCCAACCACGCCAACCACGCCAGUCCGUCCGUGGCGGAGGUGCAGCCCGAGUCUGUCUUCAAUUCGCAGCCGGCCUACGUCCCUACGCACGCGUACUACGCCGCCGACGCCAGCGAGCCAGUCGCGGUGAAAACUCACCGAGUGUGAUUAAUAUUAAAGACAAUGGGUGUGAGUGACGAGUGCUGUGUGUUAAAGGACAAUGGGUGCGUGACAUCAGAUUGUUGUCGCGCUGCCGGAGCCGAAAAAUGAAUGAAUCCUAUUUUUUUGUCAAUGCGGUGACAUGAUCUGCUUUCCUGCUGCUCACGUCAUGUUAUUUAUUUUGUGCAGAGAGUUUAUAUAUGUUAAAUAAACACACCAAGUUUCUCUACAAAACAAA